UCUCCCUCAGUUGUCGGUGAGGCCGGCGGGGCGGAUCCCAUAUUACGAACAUUAAGAAAAGAUAAAGCAACACAGUACACGCUUCGGCAGCUUUAGCCCUCAAACGAAUCGUCUCCCUUGUGGAUAAACUUAGCAACAGAACAUAAAAGAUGCCCUCAGCGACAAUUGGUAACAGGACUGUGCAGUCCUCCAGUCCAGAUGUGGGAUCCGCUCCUGGAUCAAUGGGCCAGCUCACCGUGACCGCCCAGUCGUCUGGAGCCCAAACUGAAGCCAUGAAGCAAGUGUUGGGUGUCAUUGAAAAGAAGGUCCGCAACAUGGAAAAGAAAAAGAGCAAGCUGGAUGACUAUCAGGCAAGGAAAAAUAAAGGAGAGCGUCUAAACCAGGACCAGCUGGAUGCCUUGUCCAAGUUCCAGGAGGUGGCAAAUAACUUGGAGUUUGCUCGUGAGCUGCAGAAGAGCUUCCUGGCUUUGGGUCAAGAUAUCCAGAAGGCGGUGAAGAAGUCGGCGCGGCGGGAGCAGCUGCAGAGGGAGGAGGCGGAGCAGAAGCGGCUGAAGACGGUGCUGGAGCUGCAGUUCCUCCUGGACAGGCUGGGGGAGGAUGGGGUGCGGCAGGAGCUGAAGCAGGGCGUCAGCGGCUCCCCCCUGCUCACAGACGGCGACCUCACCGCCCUCGACGACUUCUACAAGCUGUUGGGACCAGAGCGUGACCCCAGCAUCAGGCUGACUGACCAGUUUGAGCAGGCAUCUCAACACUACUGGGACCUUCUGGAAGGGAAGGACAAAGCAGUGGCAGGAACCACAUACAAAGCCCUGAAGGACACCCUGGACAAGGUGCUGCAGAGCGGCUACUUCGACAAAGCCCACACUCACCAGAACGGAGUGUGUGAGGAGGAGGAAGAGGAGGAGGAGGAAGACCAGCCCGGGGUGGUCGAGUCGGGCGAGGCCGAGGAGCGACCCUCAGAGCCUGAAGCUGAAGUUACUGAAGAAUACACAGAGACCAUUGAAGUGGAAGCCACAGAGUUUGUGAACAGACAGUUUAUUCCAGAAGUUGCUUAUAGCAGCAGUGACAAAGAACAAGCUGAUGAGUGGAACACACAACCAGAGGUGGUCAGCGCCAUCCAGCAGCAGCCCGCUGUGCUGUCAGCCCCUCCCCCCGUCACCCCCGAGCCCCAUGCCCUGAACCCCGCCCCCACGCCCAUCUCCGACCCCGUCGUCAGGAAACAGGCGGUACAGGACCUAAUGGCGCAGAUGCAGGGGCCCUACAACUUCAUGCAGGACUCCAUGCUGGAGUUUGACGGCCAGGCCAUCGACCCAGCCAUCGUGUCCGCCCAGCCCAUGAAGCCCGCUCAGAUGGACCUGCCACAGAUGGUGUGCCCCCCAGUUCACGCAGAAUCCCGCUUGACACAACCCAGCGCAGUACCCGUGCAGUCAGAACCCACACAGGUACCCAUGGUCACCCCCCCACCUGAAGCUUUCUCCUCGACACCACCCCUCUACCAGCCCUCACACACAGACCCCCGACCGCCAUCAGACGCCAUCGACCCCAUCCAGGCCUCAAUGUCCCUAUCGUCAGAGCAGCCCCCCGCCUCCUCGCCCCUGCCCGCCGUGUCACAGCCCCAAGUGUUCCAGCCCGUGGCCAAACCCCUCCACAGCAGCGGCAUAAACGUCAACGCAGCCCCAUUCCAGUCCAUGCAGACGGUGUUCAACCUGAAUGCCCCUGUCCCCCCGGCCAAUGAGACGGACCCCCUGAAGCAGCCCAGCCAGUACCAGAGCAGCUACAGCCAGGGCUUCAGCAGCCAGACACAGCACGCUGUGGAGCAGCCCGAGAUGCAGCAGGAGCAGCUGCAGUCUGUUGUUGGUGCCUUCCACACCCAAGACCAAACCAUUCCCAGCACAGGGGGCCACCCGCAGCCCCAGCAGCAAGGCGCUGGAUUCGGGCGGCCGGGACAGUCCUUCUACAACAGCAGGGCUAUGCCCCGCGGCGGGCCCAGGAACUCCCGCGGCAUGAUCAAUGGCUACAGGGGACCCUCCAAUGGUUUCAGAGGUGGAUAUGACGGUUACCGCCCUCCUUUCUCCAACACUCCCAACAGCGGCUAUGGACAAACCCAGUUCAACACGCCUCGCGACUACCCCAACAGCAACUAUCAGCGGGACGGGUACCAACAGAACUACAAGCGUGGAGCCGGCCAGGGACCUCGAGGUUGCUCUCGAGGUCGAGGAGGACCAUUCAGGCCUAGCCGAGGGAUGCCCCAAAUGACCGUACAACAGGCCAACUAACCCUGGCUUGACUGGAAGUAUCCAAGACCUCCGAAUCACCUCCCCCCACCCUCAUACAACACACACACACACACACACACACAAACACCUUCCAGCUUCCUUCCACGAUCCCUCAGCCUUCUGAAACCCACUUGCUUCCCCAGACCGUAAUUUUCUCCUUCUGCUCACAUUUUCGGUUGAGUCUCAAAACUCAAGGACUUUAUUGAAGGUGCAAGACAGUGCGAGCUUGAAUCUGUGAAGCCAUAUCUCCCUCAGCUAAUUGUGCCUCAUUGUUCUGUGCUACUGUUAUAGCCUUACACUGAUCAAACAGGAAUUUGUGUGCCUUUACCUAUGAUUUGUAGACUUGGGGGCUUGACUGGCUAGUUGAUGGUGGGUAACAAGGUGGCAGGGACCGGGAGAGGGUCGAUGUGAGGGUAGCCCAGGUGACCCUGGUUUGCUCCGAUUGUGCAGCCUCUUAACAAGUGGAAAUGCUGUUUUCAUCAAUGCUGAAAUCCUCAUGUAACCAUGGCAUAGCUGGAAAAUAAGUGCUGUGCUAUGUGGGUCAGAAGGAGCAUGGUUUUCUGCAAGCCUGAAUGACAGCCUCUUGAGAUUACUUUUCUUUGGCCAACUACCACUAGGGUGCACUUCACACACACUUACGCAAGUAGUUGGAUGGUGUCUGUCGAUUCUCUGCUGUUCUCUUUAAACACAAGUGGUUCCUGUGUGCUCCGUUUGGGACUUUUUCUAAUGCGGUUAAGCAGGUGAGGGCAUACCACUCUGUACACAUGUACUAUGUACCCUAAUUCUGUUCCUGUAGUGCUAGCGUUAUAUUGGCCUCUGGUAGUUUGUUGGAGAUGAAUGUUGAGGCUGUACGCAAGCCCUGUCUGUUUUGUAAAGGAUUCUGCAACUGUCCUGUAUCAACAGAACGGUUACUGUACUUAAAGGAAACCUGUGAUAUACUUUCACACACAUGUAAGAGAAUCCAAAUCUCUGGGUGGCGAUUGCCUAACUCUUCCCUGUGAUUAGGAAGCAGAUGCACUGUCCAUUCUAGUUUUAUUAGUGAUAGGGCUUCCAGUCUGUAUUUACUUAAGGCUUAACCGUUUAGUGCAAAUCUAAUCACAAGCCAGUCUGUUCAAAUGUGGGCACCGUCCAGUGUGUGAUGUUUACAUUCCCUUUCCAUUACACGUGUGAAGAAAACAACAUUAAAAUGUGAUUUCCAGUUUAUUUCUAUCCAUUCAGACACUUUCCGCCAUGAAAGUUUGGACUCCUCCUUACCGAAAAGCAUUUCAGGAAUUGACACACAUUUUUGGUCCGAAACAUAAAUCGUACAGCGAGUACUCAUUUGGAGAAAACAUUUCAGUUUGUUUAAUGUUUUUAUAAACCGUUGAGAUCAGCAUCUCAGCUUUAAAUAUCACCACAUCUCUUGUGGUGAGGAAAAGGGAAGAAUUCAUUUUAAAGACAUUGCUUCUGCUUCUGUGGGUAUGUCUGCUAGCCUUGGCUUGUGAUGUCCUUUAACUGUUAAUUAAGCCUUUAGUUCUGAGACAUGAAGUGAGAACUGAAUACACAAAUCUACUUUUGAAAACCACUUCUGAGUUGAAAUGUAAGCUUGUUGGCACAUAUUUAAUUUUGAUAAUCACGUUUCAUUUUGUUAAUUUAUAUUUGGUUGGUACUGAAUGUUUAGAUUUUGAAUGAAUGGUUUAAAGCCUCAUGUUUUUUUUUUUUAUUUUUCAAGGCUGUCAAUGCAUGAUGGUAGAGAGCAUUCAGAAGAAUGGAUGAAAUGAAAUGUGAUUGAUAUGGCUGCAGUUGAACAGUGAUGGCAUGUUCAAACAGUUACAGGCUAGUUUGCGUAAUCAAAGAUGCACAGGGGCCUGGUUCCCAUAGCACAGGGGAGCACAUUUUGGUGUUAUGUGGUGCACUGAGGAGGGCUUGUGACCAGGCAAAAGGUCCAUAUGUUCAGUAUGUUUGUCCUGGGCUAGACAUGGCCUGCAGGGGUACCUCAUGGAUUCGUGACAUCAGCUAGUUUGUCUGCACACCCCCAUUUGUUCUUGUUUGAAAUUCCCUGUAACCGCUCACGUUCUGAUGUAGGCAUACCAUUGAAUCUCAUGUGACGUGCACAAAAA